AUGCCCACCGAGGGUUGCAUCCCGCUGGGAAGCGGAGCUGGGCUCCCCGCGUUGCCCACGGGUGAUGAUGAUGAUGAUGAUGAUGAUGAUGAUGAUGCUCGGGGCUGGCCCAAGGGCAGGGUGUCACACCGGCCACCCCGCCGGCCUCGGGGGCUGCAGGGUGAUGGCAAAAAAGGGUGGUCGGGGGUCUGGGCAACCAAGCAGUUCCUGGAGGAGAUCAACAAGUGGACGGGGCAGUACAAUGUGUCCCCGCUCUCCUGGAACGUGGCUGUCAAGUUCCUCAUGGCCCGUAAGUUCGAUGUCCUACGGGCCAUUGAGCUCUUCCACUCCUACCGGGAGACACGGCUGAAGGAGGGCAUUGUGAAGCUGAAGCCUCACGAGGAGCCGCUGCGCUCGGAGCUGCUCAGUGGCAAGUUCACCAUUCUGGCAACCAAGCAGUUCCUGGAGGAGAUCAACAAGUGGACGGGGCAGUACAAUGUGUCCCCGCUCUCCUGGAACGUGGCUGUCAAGUUCCUCAUGGCCCGUAAGUUCGAUGUCCUACGGGCCAUUGAGCUCUUCCACUCCUACCGGGAGACACGGCUGAAGGAGGGCAUUGUGAAGCUGAAGCCUCACGAGGAGCCGCUGCGCUCGGAGCUGCUCAGUGGCAAGUUCACCAUUCUGAGUGUGCGGGACCCCUCGGGAGCCUCCAUCGCCCUGUUCACAGCCAAGCUGCAUCACCCCAGCAAGAGUGUGCAGCACGUGGUGCUCCAGGCCCUCUUCUACCUGCUGGACCGAGCGGUGGAGAGCUUUGAAACCCAGAGGAAUGGGCUGGUGUUCAUCUACGACAUGGCAGGCUCCCAGUACACCAACUUUGAGCUGGACCUCAGCAAGAAGAUCCUCAACCUGCUGAAGGGUGCUUUCCCAGCUCGGCUCAAGAAGGUUUUCAUCGUGGGAGCACCCAUGUGGUUCCGUGUGCCCUACUCCAUCAUCAGCCUGCUGCUGAAGGAGAAGCUGCGGGAGAGGGUGCAGAUGGUGAAGAUGUCAGAGCUGAAGGAGCACCUGCCCCGGGAGUGCCUCCCCGAGUACCUGGGGGGGUCCCUCAAACUGGACCCUCUGAGCUGGAACUGCCGGUUCCUGCCGCAGCAGAACGGGCACCCCGACCCCCUGGACGAGCUCAUCCUGGUGCCACUGGUGGCUCCCAAAGACAACGGCUCCGUCCACCUCCCCGGGCCCAAGUCUGUCACCCUGCAGGAGCUGCUUGAGGCACCCUACAACCAGGAGAAGAACCGGUACGGGGACGUGCCCUGCCUGGACCAGACCCGGGUCAAGCUGGCAAAGCCUUACAGCCGCCCCGAGCUGACUGACUACAUCAACGCCAGCUUCAUGGAUGGCUACAAGCAGAGGAACGCCUACAUCGGGACUCAGGGGCCUCUGGAAAACACCUAUGGUGACUUCUGGCGUAUGGUGUGGGAGCAAAACGUCCUGGUGAUCGUGAUGACAACGCGGUUGGAGGAGGGUGGCAGGAGAAAGUGCGGCCAGUACUGGCCUCUGGAGAAGGAUUUCCAGGUGUGCUUUGGGGCCCUGACCAUCACCAACCUGGGCGUGGAGAACCUCAACCAUUACAAGAAAACCAUCCUGGAGAUCCACAGCUCGGAGACCAAGGAGCGGCGGCUGGUGUCCCACUUCCAGUACCUGAGCUGGCCAGACUACGGUGUCCCCUCCUCUGCAGCCACCCUCAUCGACUUUCUGGGGGCUGUGAAGCAGCAGCAGAGGGUGGCAGUCAGUGCCCUGGGCCCCCGCUUCAAGGGGCACCCGGGGGGACCCCCGGUCGUGGUGCACUGCAGCGCUGGCAUCGGCAGGACAG